CGAGAAACAGCGCCAGAGUUUAAAUUAGUUCCUAUAUUCAAUAAUAUUGUAAUUUGUAAUCGCUUAGUUACAAUAAUGAAAAUUGUACGAGUCGUGCUGAAAUCCUCAGCUGGGAUAAAUGAUUAUACUAUUAAUGGUGAUGGAUCUGAGACACUUGAACAGUUAAUCCCAAACGGAGCUUUGCAUACCACAAUAAAAGAUUUAAAACGCGGCCUUUCCAAACGCUAUAUUAAGGGAAAAAUAUCUUGGAAAGGUUCUUUGACUGCUGUUGGCGACAAUCAGAUCAGCUUAAAAAUUACAGAUGAUAAUGUGUGUUGGAAGAAGAAGCAGCAUAGUCCGCAGACGGCUAGAGGAAGCCAAGGAAAGGCUCCAAAAGACAUGGUAGUGUUGAUAGAUUUCAGUGGAAGCGUGGCUUUGUGGGUUGACCAGGUCACACAGCUCUGGGACACCGUUGCUGUAUGCAAUGCAAUGACAAGGCAGUGUGAGGAUCAUCAGGACAUGGGUGUUAAUCAAUGGAAAUUGGAGUUUGUUCCCGCAGUCAGCUCACAGUCCCGCUCAUCGAGCUACUUCUUCGUGGACACACGCCGCAAAAGGCUCACAGGCAAUGUAGCUUCUAUGAGUUUGAAAGUUAUGGGGACUCAGACCCCAAUGGAAGCAUCAGCACCUGAACAGAGUACCACUGCAAACAAUUCUAACACGGCAAUAGCCAGUGGGGCAAGUUGUACGGGCGGUAGAUUCAACAAGCGAAAGUUAGAUUUCACCUCAACAAGCCAGAGCAAGAGUAAAAGGCACGAACAAACUGGAGGUACUGUUUUCACAAAGCCAGCCGAGAAAGAUGAUGGAGUUGAAAAAAUAAGAGGUUCAACUGCCAUUCAAGAGAUUUUGGCCGCGUUGUCGAUAUCUCUGAAUUUGGGAGAACGAAAUAGUAUACCUAGUGGGGAGAUUUCUAUGUCUCAGCAAGGAGGCACUAAUACUGAUCAAACAGUUGGUAUUGUAACUCCAGAGAUCAUGAAAAGCAGCUUCUGGGAAAACAGUAAAGACUUAAGCAACAACUUGAUGGCUAAUAGAGAAAGUGGCUGUUUGGAGGUUAAUAGUGACUUGAGCGAAGCAAUGCCUACGAGAGUGGAGUCUGCAUUGAGAGAGUCAUCUGUUAGUAGUAGCGAUAGUUCCACUACAGAACAGUCAAGUAAUCCAAUAUGGUUAAUUGGUUCACCACCGGUGAUGGAUGUAACAGCUGGUGUCAUAUCUGGAAUGCAACGGUGCAACAACACCACCUUGAUCAAAGAUCUGGCAGUUGGCUCGAUAGCUAGUGUGUGGGGAAUUGUCAAGUUUCUAGAUGAGCCAAAAAAAACAAGAGGAACAGAUUGGAUGUUGAACUUUGGACUAGUGGACGGUUCCACGGGUGAAGAGGAGGGAGACGCAGUGCACUGCCACGUGUUCGCUCCCACGAAGCAGCUCCUACCUCAGAUCUACCGCAGAAGAGACAUCGUGCUUCUGCUACAUGCAAAAGUGACUCUGUUCUAUGGCAAACUGCAGUUGAGGGAAACUGCUGCUACGGUGGCUCUGGUGUUUGACGAAGAGCCAGCCAGUAGUGAGCAACCAAGGACAGGCAGUGCAGAUCUUUUGUACAGUUUCACUGAGUUGGACAGAGAGCAGCUGAGUCACUACAGAGAGUUAUUUAAGCAAACCAAGUCAUUUGCUCCAGUGACAACCAAAAAAUCCCUUAUCUCAGACAUAAAGCUAAAUUCCUACAGUGAUGUUUAUUGCCAGAUUGUAACAGUAAAUGUGGUUCAUCCUGAUACAAUGAUCGUGCUUAAUAUAUGGAAUGGUACUGAACUAAACAGAUCACUAAGAGUGAGGGGAAGUGCUGAGGAGCAAGCAAGACUGACCUGUGAAUCUCUACAGGUUACCUUACCUGUCCAUGUGACUGGGAGUCAGGCAGCAAUAAUUGCAUCAAAGCUCCAGGUAGGAGACCAUGUUUGGCUUAGAAAUCUGCACUGCUUGAAGGCUUCUGAGGUUCAUCAAAAUAUUGCUAGUGGAUUUACUGUUGUGGAUCUUUUGAUGGCUCAUGGAUCCACAAUAGACAGGGAGGUAGUCCCUCUAGCCAGAAUUUCAAAGGAAGUUCAGUCACUGAAUAUGAGCUUGAUGAAUCUCCACGAUGAGCCAGAACCUGUUAUUGCAUCACAUCCUUGUGGGCCUUUGCAAGAAUCAUUCAAUGCAGAAGCUAGAGUUGAGCGUGAAAUGUCAUCUACUCAUCAGGCUGAACAUGGAAACAUACCUGCUGCAGCAAUGCCCUCCAGGUCUUUGCUUGUCACCUGUCAGGUAACUUCCAUUCGUGAGAUUACAGAAGAAGACAUAGGAUACACAAGAAUCACAGGGAGCAGUGAUCUUGCGAGGCAUUCAUCAUCAGACGUGGGGGUGACUCAUCCACCAUUCAGGAAUGUUUGUGGGAGCCUGCCUAUUACUCUCCACCUCAUGCCCUGUGACACAACCAACGUUCAGCAACUAAAGGUUGGACAGCGUAUACAGAUUACGGGUGGGGUCUGUGCUGAGGCUGCCGACGUCACAGAGAGGGGUCCUCUAAUGAUGAAUCGCUCGUGUCAGGGAAGCAUUACUUCAAGAGAGUUGCUAGCAGUGGCUGAGGGAAAUUAGACAUGAGAAUCAUUACAAAGGUUAACUUCUUCAAUGGUGUAGCUCCGCUGGAUGCUGCGCUCGAUCUUUGAGCGGCUGCAGGCGCAGAGUGAGGACGGUGAGCAGGUGCUGCUAGAUGCUGCUGUAUGGAAGAGACCUGGCGGGGUGAGGACGGUGAGCAGGUGCUGCUAGAUGCUGCUGUAUGGAAGAGACCUGGCGGGGUGAGGACGGUGAGCAGGUGCUGCUAGAUGCUGCUGUAUGGAAGAGACCUGGC